AUGAAAGAAUGGGCGUAUUAUAGGAUGAUGAGGAUGUUAUAUCCAAUAAUACCAAGUUAUACAAGAUACUUGAUGGAGGAAAUUGGACAGAAGAUUGAUAUGGGUGAGAAAAGUGAUAUAGGUAAUAUUGAUGGAAUUGAAUAUGUUAAGGAAGUGGUGAGACGAAUUAAUAUGGUAGCAAAGAAAGAUAAGGUGGUGAUUAAGGUGGCAAAGAAAUACAGUGAUUGGAAAGAGGAUUGUAUGAAGAGAAUACAGGAGAUGAAGGAGAGUGGGAAGAACAAUGAUGAGAUAAAGAAGAAUAUUCUGGAAGAGAGUAAGAAUUACAGUAACAGCAAAAUGAGAAUUGGAUUCAGUAUGGAUUAUUUGAUGAAUAUGAAUAAGUAUCAGGUAACAUUUGAUGAAGUGGAGUACUUGAAUGAAUUCAAAGGAUUCAUUGAGAAGGAGACUAAGAAAGAUAUUCAGAUUGAAGUGGUUGAAAUGGAUGAGAAAGCAUAUCCAAUGGUGCCAUACAUCUAUUACUGA